CUGACUCCUCUUUUUUGCCUAUUUAGUUUUUGGAUAUAUCGCCGUCCAUUCAAAAGGAUCAAAAAUGAACUAACAUAACAUUCUCAGCCAUGGAUUUUGUUAUGAGAUUUUAAGAAGACUUGUAUAAGAAAGGAAAAGGAAUUCGGGGAAUUCAUCACUCUUUGAUUUCAGGCUCUUCCUGGAGCAAAAGGGAGAAUGGGGGCUGGAGCAAUAACCAUCUGUCAUAACAAGGGAACCGUUCAGGUCAAGGAGGACAUGAAAAAGAUGGUGCAAUUUCCCAUGCUCAAACCCUUUCCAGCCACAACCACAGUGGGAAAGAAGAUCUUUGGAGUGUCCCUGCUGGAGUUAAAGGACCUGGGGCUUGUCAAGGAUGGGGUUCCCGUGGUGGUCCGGAGCAUGGUGGAGUUCCUCGAGAAGCAUGGUCUUCAUCAGGAGGGUCUGUUCAGAGUAAACGGCAGUGUUCGGACAGUAGAUAACCUUCGGCGGAGGUUUGAUGGAGGAGAGGAGGUGGACCUGUGUGAGGAAGCAGAUGCCUUUGCUGUUGCCAGUUUAAUGAAGCAGUUCCUGAGGGAUCUACCUGAAGGCCUCAUCCAUCCCUCCAUUCACAAUUCUCUCAUUCAGCUGUACCAAGAAUCCAGUGAGGAUGACUUCUGUAAGGGUCUGCAUGAGCUCCUGCAACAGUUGCCAAAGAUUAAUUACUGUCUCCUGCAUUACCUAUGUCACUUCCUGUCCCACGUGGAGCAGGAACACGCUCAUAACCGCAUGACAGCAACCAACCUGGCCACAGUGUUUGGACCCAACGUAUUCCAUGUGUCAUCUGGCUUUGAUGGUAUACAGGAGCAGAAUAUCUGCAAUAACAUUAUGGCCAAACUGAUCCAGAACUACAGCGCCCUCUUUGAGUCUGUGGCUGAAAGAAGACAAAGUAAAGAGGAACCUUCAAACAUCAUCAUGGUCAAAGAGGCCAACACAAACACAGAAAACACAGCGAUGUCACCAUACCCCCCUGUUCCAAAUGCACACACUCCAGAUCUCAAGAAGAUAAAGGUAGGGGUCACUCAAUGCACUCCAGUUGAAAAUACAGACUCUCCGAGAGAAAGAGAGUCAAGUCCAGAUAAACCUAAAACCAAGGCAAGAAAAAAGAAGGUCACUCAUUGUACUCCAGUUAAAGAUACAGAACCUUUAAGAGAAAGCGAUUCAAGUCCAGAUAACCCUUCAACCACGCCAAGAAAAAAGAAGGUGAAGAAGGUAAAGAAUGAGGUGGCGUCAAGAUCUGUUCCUCAACCAACUCCGUCUGGGGUUCCUCAAUCCAGGCCGUUUCUUUCAGACAGAAGCUCCGGUUCCAGAGCCCCAUUUUCUCUAUCUCCUCCAGACAGAAGCUUCAGCCCCAGUUCUGACUGCAUGAACCUGACACCUCAUCUCUUAACCACCAUGUCUACAAACACCUUCAACAGCUCCCUAGAAGAUGAAAGACCAAUAUCUCCUUUCUAUAUUAGCUCACAGAUCUCUUCUGGACACUGCAGACCUGACUUAACACAUAUUCUAGAGAAGACCAUCCGCUCAGCAGUUGAGCAGCACCUCUUCAACAGACACAUGCACACAGGCCAGAGUUCAGAGGGCUUGGACCCGACAGCCCAUUCUUUAUCUCCUGUGACAACGGCACGAGAGAGGAGGAGACAUCAGCGAGAACAGGAGGAGAAAGAAAACUACAGGGUCAAGGGUGAUAAAGGGAACAUCCAGUCUCCGGUUGUGAGGGUCACAGAGGAGGGUGAGAGCUGUCUACUGCUGGCACUAGAGAGUCAGAGGAACAGGAAGCCCAAACACAACCUCACACUGACUGAGCUCUCUGACAACCAGGACGCCUCCACUCCAAUGGAAUGCCAAGGGUCAUCUGAGGAAUAUGGUAGAAGUGCAAGAGGAAACGCAGUGCCCUCCAGUAACAGGGAGAACCAUGGAAAGGAAACUGAAUUUAGUUCCCUCCAGACGACUACCAUGAAGAUCCAAGAGGUUCUCAGUGGGGCAGAGACGUGCGACGAUGUCCCACGUUUGGACUUGUCUACUCUGACUGAGGACAAUAACUGGGCAGAUUCUUGUGUCUUUAGCGCCCCUUUCCUUGACUUUAAAAGCCUUUUCCAUCAGAGUUACAAUGAGGAACCAGUGCCAGCCUACUCUUCAUGGCAAAGGGAGAGUAUGGACCAUGAAGAAGCUCGGCUAUCACCCCACGCUGGUGGCAAGCCAAUUCGUCAACUCCUAGAGGAAGACAGCGACCCAAUGGUCUCUCCACGCUUCUACGCCUACGGAGACAGCCAGCAGUACCUGGACGACACUGAGGUUCCACCGUCGCCACCCAAUGCCCACUCCUUUGUCAGUAGGCGAAGGAGUUCGUCGCUAGGUUCCUGUGAUGACGACCGUGAGGAGCUUACCUCAGCCCAGCUUUCAAAACGCAUCCAUGUCCUCAAGAAGAAGAUCCGCAGGUUUGAGGAGAAGUUUGAGGAGGAACGCAAAUACAGGCCGUCACAUGGCGACAAAGCCGCCAACCCAGAGGUUCUGAGGUGGAUGAAUGAACUCACCAAGAUGCGCAAAGACUUUAAAGAUCACAAGUUGUUAAAAUCAGAGGAGGAUUUGACGCCCAUCCCCCGCCAGCGCAGUAACACGCUUCCCAAGAGCUUUGGGUCUCAGCUGGAAAAGAAACCAUCCGAGACAAAAGCCCCUAAACCCCCUGUGGAAAGCACGAUGGAAGCAGUUAUGAACAAACUACAGGAGAAACGCAAUGAGAUGGGGCGACCUGAGGACAUUAAGGAUAUGACCCGUGAGCAGAUCGGAGCAGAGAAGGUAGCCCUUCAGAAAGGUCUUCUGUAUUACGAGAGCAUCCACGGGAGACCAGUCACCAAGAAUGAGAGGCAGGUUAUGAAGCAUCUCUAUGACAGAUACCGGCUCGUCAAACAGAUCCUCUGCAGAGCGUCUGCCAUUCCAGUCAUUGGUUCGCCUUCCAGCAAGCGCAGAGGCCCCCUGCUGCAGCCCAUAAUCGAGGGUGUACCAGCCCUGUUCUUCAGCGACACCAAGGAGGAAGAGGAUGGCUCAGACGAAGACAAUGACACAAUGACACAGUUCACAGUCACGGUUAAGCCUGAGCUGAGUAUGCUGGGAUUUCUCGACCAGCUGGAAGAGGACGCAGAUGGUUUCAUCUCGCCCGUCGAUGAGCUAUCGCCAUCCAAGAACACAACGGACAUGAGGCUGUCCAAUUUACAUGCUGCUACAAUGCAGGAACUUGUGGAGCAACUCCAGGAAGCUCGUGAAGAAAAGAAAAGGAUCCGCAAAAACCUCCGUGAAUUUGAGGAUGAGUUCUUCAAGCAGAACGGCAGAAACAUCCAAAAAGAAGAUCGCACACCGUUGGCUGGGGAAUACAAUGAAUACAAGCACAUUAAAGCCAAACUCAGGCUGCUGGAAGUGCUCAUCAGUAAAAGAGACUCUUCUAAAUUCAUCUAGUGUACAGCUCAUUCAGGUGACCUGAUGAAGGACUUACUCUACUAGCCAGUCCAGAUACUGCUAUCAAAGCAAUACAGCUUGUACAAAGACAUUUAAUUUAUCCACAUUGUUCAUGGCCAUAUUUUCCCAUUAAAGGCAUGUUAGCUGUGAAGGAUGCCAAGACAUGCCUGAUUCACCAAUAAAGCAUUGAAAGUGCUGUUUGUUCCACAGUACACAGAUAAAAUACUUGUUAUAUUUACUUAUAUAUCCAAAAUGACUUAUGGUUUCUUCUUUGACUGAAGAUUUCUAGAUACCAUGGAUUUCGAAAUGCAACCAGAUUAUAAAAGUAAUAAGAUUACGACAAAUCUCUAAUCACAAUUCCCUUUUAAACCCAGAAGAGUGUUUCCGUUAUAUUUAAUGUUGUAUAAUACGACAGUUCAUAUGGAUCUUUAGAUCUUAAUAUUGCUAUAAUAUAUAUAUAUAUAUAUAUAUAUAUAUAUAUAUAUAUACAACUGUGUUUUUCGUAAUCAGACAUUAAUAAGCUUUGAAGAACAUUGAGAAUUUACGUCUUAAAUUGUAAAUACUUUGAGAGUUUAUCAUUAUAGGAACUUUUUGUACUCGAUGAAUUGAAGAAGGUAACAGAUUUUCGGAAGGAAGGCUCUCUGUAUAUGUUUUCGUUAUUGACUGGUGCCAUAUUUCAUGCAAAUGGUUUAUUUUUCAAUAUUCAUGUUUCUGAGAAAUUGCAUUGUUUGUACUCGUUCAUAGUUAAACUAUUUCUUUUGUUCUAACACUGAAGCUGUAACCUUAAGACCAUUGAAUAAGCUAGAAUUAACAUACUAAAGAUCCGGUCAUUUUCAUUAUGAAAACAAAAAGACAACCAAUAAAAAAAAAUCCUUUGUCAUGCUAUAAUGGUGUGGAAAUGCACAACCAAGGUACUAUAAACCUGCUGUCAUUAUUUUUGUAGUGUGUAUUUUUUCAUCUCCAGUGUCUAAAUGGGCAUCACAUUAUAGUCACUAUUUAACAGUGAUAUGGGUCGACAAAAUCCCCUUGAAAAUGUUACCAAGAAUCAGAAAGCAAACCUGUAUGGCCAAAUGGGCUGUUUGCUUCUGGUGAACUCAGAUCCAAACGAAAUGAGCAUGUCACCCCUUUUCUUAUUCUCCAGAUUGGAAACUUGUAGUGUGACACUUGUUUGAUGGAUAAAAAUGAAUACUGUCUGUACAUUUUAGUACAUGAUUGUAUUUGUAUUUUGUAUAUAUGAUAUAAAACCAA